AUGUUUCAGUACUUGUUUUUCUGUGCGUGCUUUGUCAUCCAGUUGCAGCCAGUGUCUUCGAUGGCCCUGGACCCCUGCUCUGCCUACAUCAGCCUGAAUGAGCCCUGGAGGAACACAGAUCAUCAGAUAAACGGUUCCCACGGCCAGCCGACAUGCGACAGUCAGAUUGAUGGGGAGUGGUAUCGCUUCACUGGCAUGGCUGGCGAUGCUAUGCCUACCUUCUGCAUCCCGGAGAACCAUUGUGGCACUCAUGCUCCCAUUUGGCUGAAUGGCAGCCACCCGCGAGAGUCGGAUGGCAUCGUCCCACGCCAAGCCUGUGCCAGCUUCAAUGGGAACUGCUGCCUUUGGAAUACCACGAUUGACGUCAAGGCGUGUCCCGGCGGAUAUUACGUGUAUCACUUAACCAAGCCUAGCGUUUGUUUCCAUGCAUACUGUGGGCAUUUUUAUGACAUCUGUGAUGUGGUGGAUUGCCAGGGCUCCUGCCUGGACACCAGUGACUGCACUUGUUCCCUGGGGACGACACUAGGACCUGAUGGACAGACAUGUCUUGAUGAAAAUGAAUGUGAGCAGAACAACGGAGGCUGCAGCGAAUUUUGUGUUAACCUGAAGAACUCCUACCGUUGUGAGUGUGGGAUCGGGCGCACGCUGGGAAGUGAUGGGAAAACCUGUGAAGAAAUCGAAGGCUGUCACAAUAACAAUGGAGGCUGCAGCCAUACCUGUAUUGAAGUGGAAGACACAUACCAAUGUGAAUGCCCGAGGGGACUUGUUCUGUCAGAAGACAACCACGCUUGCCAAGUUCCAGUGCUGUGCAAGUCCAGCUCUAUUGAGGUGAGCAUCCCAAAGGACCUGGUUGGAGGCCUGGACCUUUCCCUCAUCAACACUUCGUGCAAAGGAGUAUCUAAUGGCACUCACGUCAACAUCCAUUUCUCCUUGAAGUCCUGCGGCACUGUUGUAGACGUAAUAAAUGAUAAAAUCAUUGCCACGAAUCUGGUGACCGGCUUGCCAAAGCAAACUCCAGGAAGCAAUGGGGACAUCAUUGUCCGCACCAGCAAGCUGCUGAUCCCGGUGACCUGUGAGUUCCCACGCCGGUACACCAUCUCUGAAGGUUAUGUGCCCAACCUCAAGAACUCUCCCUUGGAAAUCAUGAGCCGCAACCAGGGCAUCUUUCCCUUCACUCUUGAGAUCUUCAAAGACAAAGACUUUGAUGAACCCUACAGGGGUGCUCUUCCCACCCUCAAGCUUCGGGACUCUCUGUACUUUGGGAUUGAACCCUUGGUACAUGUCAAUGGACUAGAGACACUGGUAGAGAGCUGCUUUGCCACUCCCACCUCAAAAAUCGACGAGAUCCUGAAGUACUACCUGAUUCAAGAUGGCUGCGUUUCUGAUGAUUCGGUGAAGCAGUACACGUCAAAGGACCAUCUUGCCAAGCAUUUCCAGGUUCCCGUGUUCAAGUUUGUGGGCAAAGACAACAAGGAGGUGUUCUUGCAUUGCCGCAUCCUCGUGUGCGGGGCGCUGGACGAGAGCUCUCGCUGCGCCCAGGGCUGCCGGAGACGGGUGCGCAGGUCAGCUGAGAUGGAGGAACAGGAGGAGGAGGAAUCUGUUCAUGUGGCAAACCACAUCCUGACAGGCGGCCCCAUCAGAAUCGACUUUGAUGACUAACACCCACCCACUGGAACAGCAUCUCCGCCUGAGACCGACCUUCCUUACCAAUGCCUUCUUUCAUGGUUGUUUGAGAAACAAGAGGUAUUUGGUAAAGCCCCACUUGAACCUCAGGACUUGUUUCCCUAAUCGUGUGAUGAUUAUUUGUGAAGCAUGUUGGGCACACGAGGCAGCCCUCUGAGUGCAACCCAGACUGCAGAACAGUUUGAUUUUACUUGCGUUUCCUCCCAACAACCCUUUGGUUGAGGUGACCCUGUUGCUUUGCAGGCCUGAAGCGUUACGCAACUUUGUCUUUCCCUACAUCCACCUGCAGGCCGCACAGGACUGUUAGUCCUUGACUAAACAAAUGUUAUUCAAGCCCUUCUUUCAUCACACAAUACAAAUAGUAUCAUAGCUGAACGUGUUUGCUAUGCAGUUCUGUGAAUGAUGCUGAAGCUUUCAGAUGUGCUGAGAUUUCAGAUGACUGUUAAUAAAAACAUGUAUAAAAAUAUAUAUCUCGUAAUGUGUAAGUUCCUUGGAGCUAUA